AUGGCACAAGAAAUGUCACCACAAAAGGAGGAAGCUCAAAACCAACCAAAGCGAAGAUUCAAAAUGAUGGCUCAAAAGAGUAAAUCAAAGCCAAAGCCAAAGCCAAACUAUGAUCGGAAAGCAAAGCACCCAGAUUAUGUCCAAUUUCGGUGCAAUGUCAACGCUUUCAACAGCAUCAUUACGGAUGUAAAAGACAAGCUGAAUGAAAGGCAGAAGAAGCUUCUCAAGAACACCCCAUUUUGGAACUUGAUUGAGGUGUUUUACAACCGAAGGAUUGACAUGAAUAACAUGAAUAAGUCAGACCUUGACUUAGUUCAGCUGCUCAAGAAGUUUGAUCCAGAUACAAAGUCCUUCAAAUUUGGCACCGAAGCAUUCAAGAUCACAGGCAAUGCAGUGACUCAGAUUCUAGGACUGCCAAAUGAAGGAAAAUCUGUCAAACUUGUCAAUGAUAGGUACACUUCUACCUUCAGAAUAAGGCACUUUGGAGAAAAGGGAAAACCAUCAAAAAAUUUGGUAGAAGCAGAAUUACUGAAGACAAUUUCAUUGGCAAACCAACCGAAGAAAGAAAAGGCCAAGGCAGAGCAAAAGAAAGAAGCUGAAGAAGAAGAAGAAGAAGUUGACUACGACAAGGAGGUGGUCAGCAUAAUAUUGAUUCACCUAUGCAUGACAUUCCUUUUUGCCAACGCUUCGUCUACUUUGCAUUGGAAAGUAUUUGAGCACUGUGUGAAUCUGGACACACUUUUAAGCUAUUCUUGGGCAAGUGCUGUUUCAGCCUACAUGAAUGAAUCCUUGGUCGCAAAAGCAAAAGCAAAAGCAAAGAAGGGAGGAGAAGGCUCUAUAGGAGCUGUUUCGGGUUGCAUUAUCCUAAUAUUGGGUAUUUUCAAAACUCCUAAAAAGCGAAAAACUACCAGGGAAGAGGAAGACACUGUUGACAAGGGUAUUUUGAAAGCAUAUAAAAAGAGAAAAACUACCAGAGAAGAGGGAGACCCUCUUGACAAGAAAAGAAGAUGCAGAAAAAAGAAAAAGAAGAUGAAGGACAACAAAGAGAAGCAGAGGAAGCAGAAGACCAAGGAAAACCUGAUAAUACUGAUCAAACUCCAGAAUUAA